ACAAACGACAGAACUGCUUUGUCGCUUUGAACGAACAUUUGAAACAAAAUCUGGCCCGUCUUUGUGCUUGGCAUCAUCAUCGAAAUCCAUUUCCCUCCGUUUGGCGCCCGUCUCUAACCCUAAUCAAUGGAUGACAAACACUCUGUUUCUGCAAUUGAGAAGAGAGAGGAGUUUGGGAAGUUGCAGUACGGGUGCGAGCACUAUAAGAGACGAUGCAAAAUUCGAGCACCAUGCUGCAAUCAGAUCUUCCCAUGUCGUCACUGCCACAACGACGCCGUGAACUCAUCUAGCAACCCUGCGGAUCGUCAUGAACUUGUUAGACGCGAUGUUAAGCAAGUUAUAUGUUCUGUCUGUGAUACUGAACAGGAGGUUGCCAAGGUGUGUUCUAGCUGUGGCGUUAACAUGGGAGAAUAUUAUUGCGAUAUUUGCAAAUUCUAUGAUGAUGAGACGGAUAAAGGACAAUUCCACUGUGAUGAAUGUGGCAUUUGCAGGGUUGGUGGUCGUGAUAAGUUCUUUCACUGUAAGAAAUGUGGCUCUUGCUAUUCAGUGAGCUUGCAAAACAAUCACUCAUGUGUGGAGAACUCAAUGAAGAGUUCCUGCCCUGUCUGUUUUGAGUACCUAUUUGAUUCAAUAAAAGGCAGCACCAUUUUGAAGUGUGGACACACAAUGCAUAUGGAAUGCUGUCAAGAGAUGACAACUCAAAAUCAGUAUCGCUGUCCUAUCUGCUUGAAGACAAUAGUCAAUAUGUCUCAGAACUGGGAAUAUUUAGAUCGGGAGAUUGAAGCGGUUUCAAUGCCAGAGGAGUACAAGUUUGAGGUUUCAAUUCUAUGCAAUGACUGUAACUCUACAAGCACAGUUUCUUUUCACAUAUUUGGUCACAAGUGCGGACAAUGCAGUUCGUAUAACACCCGUAGGAUUUCGACACCCAGACAACAGUAAAGGUUUGGGUAUGAGUGAAACAUAAUUACAUCAUCAUCCCAAAACUUCGAUUUUAUUUUUUCCAUUGUUUUAAUUCUUCACUUUUGAUUAUUUUCUCCCAAAGUAAUAUCAAAGGAAAUAAAAGGAUAUCUUGAUUUUGCCAAUAGUCUUGGUUUAAUUUGUGAAAAAAUAUAUUGAGGAUAGCUUAUAUUACGUGCAUGUGAUCUGUUAUCGCGCAUUAUCUAUUCCAUUCAAGGAUUAGAAAAUGAGCAUUGCUACAACCUCCGAAAACGGAGGCUAAAAACAUUCUGAAUGAUUAAAAAAUUAUUAUUUUUAAUAAAUUUAUUAUAAAAUAAUUAUUUUAUAAUAAAUUUAUUAUAAAAUAAUUUUUUAAUUAUUUGUACAAUUUUUCGGCCUCUGUUUUCGGAAGAUACAGCAUUUUCCUUAGAAAAUAGAGAACCCAUUGCCAUCAUUGUACGCACAAAAUAUCAUCAUUGUACGCCUUGCAAUAUCAUAUAUAAGACCCGUGUGAUUUUAGGGGAAAAUAUUUUUAAUUAAAGAGUGCAUUUUAAGAAAAUAGAUAAGCUAUAAAAAGGUAUUGAAGUGAAAGAAAAAGCGGAGCUACGUUGACCUGGACCCUAAAUCGUGAACAAGCUGGAAUCAUGCUUGGUAGUUGCUGAGUCCUAAUCCCACAGAAGGAAGACUCUGGUCAUCGCCUUACUUUUUUGGUGGGCCGAAGAAAAUGCAUAAAGGGUUUGGUCCCGUGCUUGUAAUUGUAUACUUUGAAAUAUGUACAAACUGUAAAAAUGGGCCAAGAUUGAGUGAAAUGAAUAAGCAAAAAUUGAAUUGUCUUGCCAUCUCACAUGUAACUUGGGAGUACUAUAAGAUAUCCCGAGUUGGGCCCCUAGGUAUUAUUGUAUCUGUUUCUGUCUACUAGUUGGUACGUGAUUCUCGUUAGCUUGAAAAGAGAGAAAUAGAACUAUAGAAGCAUCACUAUUCAUUUGGUUGGUUAGGUUUUAGUAGUUGGUAUGCAAACCUCAUCAACUAAAAAGGAGGGAAAAUAAAUGUAUCUCUUGUUCCA